CUGCGGGUUCGGUGCCUGCCCGGUCACGCCCCCGCUCGAGUUCUUCGUCUCUCACCGGCGGGUUCACCUCGGCCGGGGGCAAGAGUUCGUCGGCCCGGCGCGAUGCAGCACCAAGAUCCAGGUUUCGAUGUAGAAAAGCUGCAACGUGAAGUGAAGACGCGAUGGUUGAAGCCUAGAGAGGUUCUCAACAUACUUCAGAAUCACCACUUGUUCACGGUGGAACACAGGACCCCGCAGAAGCCACCGAGUGGUUCUUGGUUUCUUUUCAACCGUAGGGUACAUCGAUUCUUCCGGAAAGAUGGCUAUGGAUGGCGGAAAAAGAAGGGUGGCAGAACCAUUGCGGAAGCCCAUGAGCACCUUAAGGUUGAUAAUGUAGAGGCACUGAAUUGCUACUAUGCUCAUGAAGAAAACAAUCCUACAUUCCAGAGGCGGAUAUAUUGGAUGCUUGAACCGGCUUAUGAGCACAUUGUUCUUGUCCACUACAGAGAUGUUCUAGAGGGCAGCAUUUCAUUGUCACCACCGAACAAUUCAUCAACAUCAAAUCAUGGUGCUAGCAGAGCUGAUGCACAUAGUUCGCCAGGGCUGACUAGUGGGAUAACUGUGCCACUUCUUAACUCGUGCAGCCCUGGAUCCGCUGAAGAAGUUAGUUCCCAGAUUCUGACUAUAAGCAAUGAAACAAAUAAUGCAAGUCAAUUUGAUUGGAUGCGGACAAUUGAAUUGCAGCUGAGUCUGGAAAACAAGGAAGACCGUGAUGUUAACGCCGAAGAGAUUCUGCCAAAUCACAAUCCUAUUACUGUUCCUGGGAUUCAGAUUGAAGACUCAGACAACUGUACAAUCCUUGCAGAUAUCCUUACCGACCUGGAGUCUAGUGAAGACAACCAUAAUGAAGGAAGCCAGCCUUAUACUAAUGCUAUUGAUGUCCUGAAAAAUUCAGAUACUUGGUUGGAGGAGGAUCAACUUGAGUCUUUUUUCCAUUCAGUUCCUUUGAUAGUUAAUGACCAAUUAUCCAAUAUUCACGAGGUUUCUCCAGAACGGGCAUUUUGUUCUGAAAGUGCUAAGGUUGUCAUUGUAGGAGACUUCCUUUGCAACCCCUCUCGGAGUUCAUGGGUACUAUUUGGUGAUGUUAAGGUCCCUGUGGAAAUUGUCCAGCAAGGUGUCAUCCGUUGUCAUACUCCAUGCCUUGGUGCUGGAAAGGUGAGAUUGUGUGUGCUUGAUGAGAACGAGAAACCAUGCACUGAAGCUCGAGAAUUUGAAUUCGUUGAAAAGCCUACCAGUACAAUGAUUAAUGGGAAUGAGAAACCCUGCAGUGAAGCACGAGAGUUUGAAUUCCAACGGAGUCCAACCAAAAGUGGUGAGGAGCUGUUGCUGCUUCUUAACUAUGUGCAGAUACUUUUUGAUGGUCGUGGUUGUGAACUAUUCUCAAAGUUCAGGUUGCCACUCCCAAAUGUUCAGUGUGGAUUCCAAACUAACCCCUCAGAGAUUAUAAGGGAACCAUGUGAGCAGCUGGACCAUGAGAACGCAGUGAAUUGCAUCAUGGAAGUGAUGCUCAACAACAAGUUCCAGGAUUGGCUAUCAUCCAAAUUUGAACAGAACAGUGAAGGGAAACAUUUGCUUCCUAAGCAAUACCAUGGUGUUAUACAUACAAUUGCUGCAUUGGGAUACGAUUCGGCUUUGAAGUCACUGCUUAGUUCUGGUGUGCCUAUAAACUACCGUGAUGCGAAUGGAUGGACUGCUCUUCAUUGGGCUGCACGAUUCGGAAGGGAAAAAAUGGUGGGGGUUCUUCUUACUGCAGGUGCUGCUGCUGGUGCACUUUCAAACCCAACAUCGGAAGAUCCUGCUGCAAAGACACCUGCUUCGAUUGCAUUUGCAUAUGGUUUCAAGGGUCUCUCUGCAUUUCUUUCAGAAGCAGAACUAAUCGCUACUCUUCAUUCUCUGGAAUCAAAAGAAAAUGGGAAUCCUGUUGAUCAUACUGGCGCAGUGGUUAUAUGUAGUGCUGUGGAUAGAAUAUCAGACAAAUGUGCUCAUGUGGAUGGUGGGACUGAUGAUCAGCUUGCACUUAAGGAUUCUCUAGGAGCAGUCCGAAAUGCUGUUCAAGCUGCCGGGCGCAUACAAGCUACCUUCCGUGUGUUUUCCUUGAAAAAGAAGAAAGAAAAGGCUCUUCAGAAUGGAGAUAGCUGCACCAUGCCCAUUCGUGAGGCAGGUGCUUCUUCACGUGCUAUGCUUGAAAAGGCUGCAUUAUCUAUCCAGAAGAACUUCAGAUGCUGGAAGAAACGUAAAGAAUUUCUAAGAAUUCGGAAAAAUAUCAUCAAAAUUCAGGCACGGGUCAGAGCUCACCAAGAAAGAAAUAAGUACAAGGAACUACUUCAGAGUGUUGGCAUCCUUGAGAAGGUCAUGCUAAGGUGGUUCCGAAAAGGUGUUGGUCUGCGAGGGUUCAAUACCAGGGCUAUGCCAAUUGAUCAAGAUGAGGAAGAAGACAUUGUCAGAGUUUUCCGGAAGGAAAGAGUGGAAACAGCUGUCAACGAAGCUGUUUCGAGGGUGUCAGCUAUCGUUGGUUGUCCUGUUGCAAGAAUAGAGUACCGCAGGAUGCUCGAAAUACACCAACAAGCAAAGAGCAUGGCCAUGGAAAGUGGCACAUCAGCUAGCAGCUGAUGCUGAUGACAGAGCACUGGCCAGCCACUAUCAUUUGUCAUCCCCCCUUGUUAAAUGAUCUGGAAAGCUGUUUGGCUGCCUGAAGAGCAGUAAAGCCUUGGCGAUCAACUUGCUGUGGAUCCUGUCAUAACAGAAGAAGUUAUCAAGAAAUUCAGUACUGCCAUCAUCAGUCCCUGCUGAAAAUGUUGUUUUGGAAGCUGUAAGGUCUCCGUAUAUGAUGAAGCUUCGAUGGCUUAAAUACCAGCUGCAUUGUAUGGUACCAUAUUUCUUCUUGGAGAGUACUUAUGGCACCAUCUUUCACAUUUGCUAGGUGUGUACAUGAUAAUAAAUGUAUGAUAGAUCCUGAAACAGAGCUCGGUUGUCAAUGAGAGGUAGUAUGAUGAAGCUUUAGAAGCUUAAAUACCAACUGCACUGUUUGUAGUACCCUCUUCUGCAUUUGCUAGGUGUGUACAUGAUGAUAAAUGUAUGAUAAAUCCUGAAACGAGCUCAGUUGUCAAA